AUGGCUGAUAAAGGAAUUUUUAUUUACGCAGUCAGAGAUGAAGACAGCAUGCAAGGCUUCAUCUUGGUUGCUAGUGAGGUAGAUAUUGAUGUGGAAAACUCUAAGGCAGAGAAGGUUGGAGUUUACCAUAUUCAUUCUGUAAAAAAUAAACCAUACAAUUAUACAGUCAACAAAAAACUCACUAAUGUAAGACUUGAUGAGUUUAUGAGCGUAGUAGAUGAGGAUUUAUAUGAGUUUAAUGAAAAGAAUAGAACUCUAGUAUUCGAUAAGAAAGGUUAUGACAACUUAAUUGGUUAACUUAUGGAUGAUUUAGAAGAAGAAAAUGAUGAUGACUCAUCAGAAGAAGAAGAAAAAAAAAAGAAGAAACCUGCUCCUAAGGCAGCUUCUGCCAGGAAAACUCGUAGUUCUAAGGGAUCUGAUAAGGUUAAGGGAUCUGACAGUGAAAGCUAUGAGGCAGCUGACGAAGAAGAUGAAGAAGAAAAAAAGAGAUCAAGAGGAAGACCUAAAAAAAAUAAAUCCACUGAAGAAAUUACAGAAGAUAAAGACGAAAACUCUUAAGAGGAUUAACCUAAGCCUAAAGGAAAAAGAGGAAGACCUCCUUCUAAGGAUAAAGCUGCAUCAGUCGCUGUUCCAAAAAAAUAGGAUAAGUAGGAUGAUAAAGAUGGAGAAGAAAAUGGUGAAGAUUAAAAUGGUCAUGAAGAAAAUGGAGAUGAAGAUAAGGAAGAAGGAGAGUAAAAACGUGUUCCUGGUAAACGUGGCAGAAAGCCAGGUAAAAAAACAGCAGAAACACCUGCAAAAAAAGAAGCGUAAUAAAAUAUUAUACAUAAUAGAAAGCCAUAAGUAUUUUUAAUUUAAAGACCUGGAAAAAGAGGAAGAAAGCCAGCAAAGAAGGGCUCAGAAUCAGAAGAUAAUGAAGAUGCUGAUGAUGAAUAAGAAGAAGUCUCAAAAAAGGGAGCAAAAAAGAAAGUAGAAAAAUAUAAGAAAGGUUCACACAAUCCUAAUAUACCUGAUGUAGUCAAAACUGACGAAACUUUCGAAGGUGAUUCUUAAGAUAUUAAUGACGUUUGUUGCUCAUUCUGCACAAACAGAGAAUUGUUAAGAGCUGUUUACACAGGUAAUAGUAAUCUUUUGAAAAAAUUAGUUUAGUCAAAAGCAAAGGUCUCUACUUUGUUUGCCAAGAGAGGUCCUGAUGCUGAUGAAACCACACUUGAAAUCAUUCUUAAAAACAAGGAUAAAAAGUGCCUUGAUGUUUUGAUUAAUGCUCUUAACAAGAAAUCAGAAAUUUCUUUAGCUUCUAAUCCUGAAUGCUCCUUAGAAGAAGUCUAUACUGGUUUCAAUGACAGAUUUGCAUACGGUGUACCAACUAGAAAGGUAUAAAUGGCUAGAGGUGGUAAAGAAGGAAACAAUGCUUUUGUUGCAGAUAUUAACUCAUUUGUUGAUACCUAAAGCUGGAAUGAGAAUGAAAGAUUAAUCUUUUCUCUUCUUGAGAAUGAAACAGAAGUUUAAUUUUUGGAAUUCUUAAGAGGUCUUAAAGACGAAAAUCUCACUACCUCUUUACUUGAAAAAACAUAUGUUGCUGUAAGAGCUGGUAAUAGAAAGACUGCAUCCUAUUUGAUGAAAUAAGCUAAUAAAUUCGGUGGAUAUGGAUUCAACAAUCUUCAUGAAUAGGUUUUAUCCUUAGAUGAUGUAUCCAAAUUAGAUGAAUUCAAAAAAGUAAGUAUAACCAAGAAAAGCACAGGUGUUUAUAGCAAGAAUAGUUAUGGUUUUGGAGGUGCAUAGGGUAUUAUUACUCCUAUUCAUUGUGCAGCCAUCAAUCCUAAUCCAGAAUUCAUCAAAAAGUUGUUAGAAAUAUCACCUGAAUUCACAAUUCCCGAUGAUUUAAUGAGAAAGCCAGUUCACUAUGCAGCAACUUGCGAAGGUCCUGGUCCUCUUAGUUAUCUUUUAAAAUAGGGUGUUGAUGCAAGAGAAGGUGAUAAGAAAAAAAUUACACCUUUAAUGCUUGCUUGUUAAUUUGGUAGAGCCAAGAAUGUAGAAAUUUUGUUAGAUGCAAAUGGCAAAUCAAACCCUGAUACUCGUACUAGAGAAGGUUACAGAGCUAUUCAUUAUGCAGCCCACUAUGGACAUCUUGACUGUAUUAAAUUGAUGAUUGAAAAAGGUGGUGUUGAAGUUGAUUCUCCUGGUCCCAAAAGAAUGACACCUCUCCAUAUUGCUACUUCAAGAGGUCAUUUUGAGAUCGUGGAAUAUCUUCUUUCAAAAGGAGCUAAAGUUAUUGUAAAAGAUAAGUUUAAACGUAGUGCAGUCAUUCAUGCUACUGCUAAUGGCUAUCUUAAGAUUUUAAGUCUUAUUUUAAAGAAUGGUGGACCAUUCAAUGACCCAGAUUCCUCAGGUAACUAUCCUGUACAUUAUGCAGCUGCAUAUGGAUUUUAAGCUUGUCUUGAUUUACUCAAAUAAGCUGGAGCUGACUUUAAUCCUCAAAAUUCUUGGAAUUUAACUCCUCUCUCAAUUGCUAUGGCUAAAGGACAUUUUGGAAUGGUUAAGAAGCUCUUAAAUUAUCCUGAAUGCGAUGUUAACUGCACUGAUGUUAAAGGUAGAACUAUCAUAUCAAGAGCUACUGAAAAAUUAAAUCUAAAUAAUCUCUCUCAAUUCGAAUUCAUUCUCAAAGAGAAGAAAGCAAAUCCUAAUAUGGCUGAUUUACAAGGUCAAUCGCCUCUUCAUUAUCUUUGUAACUUAUCAAAAGAUGAUUAUGUUAGCAAAAGAUAGAAUGAAGAAAAUGCUCAUCAUGUUACUAAAAAAUAUGAAGAAGAAUAUGAAAAGAUUGUCUAAAAAGCUACUUAAAUUUUACUUGAUUGUGGAGCUGAUAUUAACAAAUUAAACACUAUGGAAGAAUCUCCAUUAACUAUUGCUAUCAAAUAAUAGAAUUUCUUUAUUUUAAAUAUUUUAUUAAAGAAAGGAGGCCUCGAUUUCUCUCAUGUUAACUAAAUUGAUCAAAAUAUUCUACACACCUUAAAUACUUUAAUUUUAGAAGGACCAAGUGGAAUCGAUCAAUUCUAUAAUAUCUUUGAAGAAAUCAAAAAAGAUAAAAACGUAAAUCUUAAAGAAUACUUGAAUAAAGUUGAUUAUCAUGGUUUUUCACCUUUGUUAAUGUACGUUAAAAUAUUCAGUGAAAAUGCUUCUCAUUAUAGAGAAUAAAGAGUUGAGGAAUUAAGCCAAGAAAUAUACUCUAAGAAAGGAGGCUCAGCACCUAAUAAAAAGAAUCCUAUCAAAAAGUAAGCCCCUACAAGAGGUCCUAGAGUAGCAAAAAAAGCAAUUAGAAGUGCACCAGCAAAAUCAUUAAUUGGAUUUAGCAAUGAUGGAGCCUUAGUUUAAUUAACAGAAAAGGAAUUAGAAAAAGUUUAAAAACAAGCUGAUGAAGAUUUAUUGCAAUUUGAGCAAAAAUUCUAAAAAUUAAUUACUUUCUUGGUCGAAAAGGGUUCAGAUGUAGAAGCUAAAGUUUAAAAAAUUAAAAAAUAUAGAUCAAACAUGGAUGUAGAAGAUAAAUCAGAUAAUGAAGAAUAAUAAGAAUAAGACGAAGAUGAUGAUGAAAAUGAAGGAAAUAAAACCUUAAAAGAUGAGAUGGGUAAUCCAAUUUAAAAUAAAAAAGUUAAGUACAUUCCAGAAUAUAAUUCUUGUGGAGAAAUGAAUAUAUUUGGAUUAGCUCUUAGCCACCUAUCUUUACCUUACUUAAAAUUCAUUCAUGAAUAGUAUCCUUAAUUAGUUAACAACGUUGAUUAUCUCAAGAGAAAUCAUCUCCAUAAAUUUAUUUUGAAAAAUGAUGAUGAACCAGCUACAAACGUUUCUCAUAAAGUUUUAGAGUGGCUCACUACUUUAAAGAUAGAUAUUAAUUAAAAAGAUAUUAUUGAAUCAACUCCUUUAAUCUCAGCUAUUUCUUAGAAAAAGUACAAGUUUGCAAAGACUCUUAUUAAUCACAAGGCAUAAGUCGAUGUUAAGGAUAUAUUUGGAAAGACACCACUUAUUAUGGCAAUUAACAAUAUUCAGAGCAACAAUCUUGAAUUUGUUGAAUACUUACUUUCUAAUGGUGCUUCAGCAAACUUUGCUGAUAACUAUGGCAGAACACCCUUGCAUCAUGCCAUCAAUAAGGCUGAUAAAGGUGCCAAUGCUUCUUUUGAUCUCGAAAAUCUCUUGAUUAAGAAUAAAGCAGAUAUUAAUGCUGCUGACUCUCUUGGUAGAACUCCUCUUCACUAUUGUUUUGUUAGCCUCUAAGAUUAGUAAUAUAGUACAUUACAGUAUGAUCCUUUUGAAACUGUUAGCAGUCUUUGUAACCAAUCCAAUAUUAAGAUUGACGUUAAAGAUAAUUUAGGAAAGACUCCUUUGCAUUAUGCUGCUUAAAAAAAUUCUACUAUAUCUGUAAUCUAUAUGAUCGAAAAGAAAGCUAAUAUUGAUAUUGAAGAUGCCAAUGGUAAUACUCCAUUAGCUGUCGCUUUCCGUUUCAAAAGAAGUGAAAUUACUACUACCCUUAUUCAAAAUGGUGCUAAUACUUCAAAGUUCAUAACUAUUAACAAGAAUUUAAAACCAAACGGGGAAGAAGAGGAAGAAUACAAAGAACCUGCUAAAGAUCAUUGGGGUAAUCCAAUCAAAACUAGAAGAAGAUAAAACUAUUCUAGCUAUGGAAGCAGAUACUUAUUCUAAUAUCAAAAUCAAUAUGAUGGAUUUGGAGGUGACCAAAAUUCAAAUAAUAGUAUCAUCAAAAAAUUACUUAGUGAAUACCAUAUUGAAGAAGACAGUUAUAUCGAAUUAGUUAAAAGAAGCAUCACAAAAGAAUAGUUUAAGGAAAAAGGCUUAGAUAAUCUCGUCUUUUAAGAAUUUAGAGUAAGAGGUGAUUUACCAUUAGGUAAGCAUUCAUUUUUCAAGGCAUCUAUCACUUUCUAAUGGUAGGGUAUUGCCUAUUUGCUUUUAAUCAAGGGCAAUUACAAUCUUUUUAAUGCUUUAGAGGAUGCCAUUAAAAUUGAUCUUUAUUAACUUUCAAUCACUCUUCUUUUUAAGUAUCCAGAAGAUGAAACGAUUACUUAAUGUAAUAGCGAAGGACAAAACCUGAUACACAUUUUGUGUCAAAGAUCUCCUAGAGAUGUUAAUCUUUAAGUGAAGCUUUUUGAAACUCUUUUGAAUAGAGGUGUUGAUGCUAAAAAAUUAGAUAAUAAGAAGAAUCUUUGCUUGCAUUUUGCUUUCCUUCAUCAUUAACUUACUCCCAAACUACUAGAAUUAGGAUUAGAUUGCAAUGCCUACAAUGAUGACUAAUAAACACCAUUUGCCUUAGCUAUUUAAGAAGAUGCAAAAUAAGCAUUGAAAAUAUAUACAGCUAACUACAAACCUGACUAUUCUAAAAAAUUCAAAGCUAAAUUAGAAGGCCAUUAAGACUAUUUAUAAUUUACACCUUUGCUUAUUUAAUUUGCAAAUAAAAAUAAAGAUUUAGUUUUAUUGAAUCAUUUAUUGGCAAAUGGAUCAAAUAUUAACGAAGUUGAUAAUUUAGGUAGAAAUGCCCUCUAUUAUGCUAUAUAUCACAACUCUCACAAAUUAGUUAAAUUUGUUCUUUAAACAAAGAAAUUCGAUGUUAAGCAUGUAGAUAAUCAAGGCAAAAAUGCUGUUCACUACGUUGUUAAUCCAGUUGAAUUUGGCUCUUAUGAAAAUACAGAAAUAUUAGAGCUACUUCACAAUGCAAAAAUAGAUUUCAAUGUAAAGGAUAAGGAUGGAAAUACUGCAAUGUUUUAUGCUUUGCAAUAAGAUUCCAAAAAAAUGGCAGAAUCCUUGAAAAAAUACGGUGUUGAAGCUCUUAAAGAAAAGAAAUUGCCUUAAAGAGCUGCUACUUCAAUAGUAACUGAUGCUUUAUUCCCUGAUGAAGAAAUUGAUUAUGAAGAAGACAGUAAGAAGUUUAGCGAAGAAACUACUUAUGAUCAAUAUAAGGAAUUCUUUGAGCAAAAGAAUGCUGGUGAUAAAGUUUAUCUCGAUAAGUAUGUAGCUGGAAACUACAAAAAGAAAGAUAAUUAUGUAGUACUUGAUGAUAAUAAUGAACCAUACAACUUGCUCAUGACUAAAGUUGAUCUCGGAGGAGGAUUUGCUAAGUAUGUAUUCUACAUCAUGUAAGUUAUUCAUGAUAAAAAUUCAGACGUUUAUAUUCUUUACACUCGUUGGGGUCAUAUGGGUGGUAUGGGUCAAAUGCAACACACUCCUUUUGCUACCAAAGAAGCUGCCGUUAAGGAAUUCAGUAAAAUUUUCUACUAAAAGUCUGGAAACGAUUGGACUAACAGACACAACUUCAAAAAAUAAGAUAAGAAAUAUUAACUUGUUAUCUUCGAGAAAGGAAAUGAUAAAAAAUCUUUCUCUUUAAAGCCUUAUGACUUUGAACGUCUAAAUUGUUCAGCUUCAUAGCUCGAAAAGCCUAUUUAAGAGUUUAUUAAGAAUAUUUCUAAUGCAGAAAUUUUCAAAUAAGCAUAUCGCCAAUUUGCCCUUUCUGACUAAUAUCUUCCCAUAACUAAGCUAUCAAAAGCAGCCUUAAUUGAAGCUUAGGGCAUUCUUGCAGAUAUUAGAGAAGAAGUCAUAGAAAUCUAAAAAUUAAGAAGUAAAUUAACUUAAGGAAAUAACAUGCAACUUCUUUUAGAAAGAGAAGAAAGCGUACUUCGUUAUAGCAAUAGAUAUUAUGAACUUGUUCCAAGAGCUGUUUCUAAAUGGGAGCCUGCUCAACCCUUAAACCAUGAACAUAAUAUUUCUUAAGAAUAGCGUCUUGUUGAAAAUUUACUUGAUUUUGAAGCUGCUAUUAAGAUUAUCAUGGGUUCUUAUACUAAGCUUCAAGUAAUGCAUCCUUUGGAUUACUGUUUCAACUCAUUAAGCAUCCGUAUGAAAUAAAUUUAAAAUGAACAUCCUGAAUAUAAAAUGAUUUAGUAAUACGUUUCCAGAACAAAUCAUAAAGCUACUGAUCCUAAUUCUUAGUUUAUUAGAAAUGUUUUCGCUGUUGAGAGAAGAGGUGAGGCUGAAAGAAUUAAAUAAUUCUCUGAUCAUACUAAAAAGCUUUUAUGGCACGGCAGUGGUGUUUAAAAUCUCUUAAGUAUUCUUAAUUUUGGUUUAAGAAUCAAUGGUAUUCAUGCCUAAAAAUCUGGAAGCUCUCUUGGUGACGGAAUCUACUUUGCUGAUUUAUUCUCCAAGGCAAGUGCUUAUGCUAACAAUGCUGAUGUUGGUGUCGAAUCAAGAUUCUUACUUCUUUGUGAAGUUGCAGUUGGAAAGGAAUAACAAAUUAAAACUAAUGAAAAUUUUACUAAGUUUGCUAACUCAAAUUAUUAACUUAUGAAAGGCUUUAACAGUGUUAAACUUGUAGGUAAGUCUUGUCCUGAUGAAAAGAAAAAUCUUGUUUUACCAAACGGUACUAUUGUUCCAAUCGGACCAAUAAUUGAUUUCAAUGAAAACUUGAAGUAGAAACUUCAAAUAGAGAAAUCUACCAAAAAGAGUGCAAAAAAAUCUACUAAAAAACCUGCUUAGAAAAUACCUGCUAGACCUAUCAAGAAGGUAGUCAAAGCUACUAAAUAUUCAUCAGAUGAAGAAAACUCUCAAGAUGAAGAAAGCUAAAUUUAGGUUGAAGAAGACGAACUUGAUAUUCCUGAAGAUGAAAUUUAAUCUGAUGGUGAUGAGGAAAUAGAAGAGGAAGAAGAUAACUUUGAUGAAGAAUAAGAUGAACAAAAUCUUUUAUAAAAUAAUUUCUUAUAUGACGUACAACACUAAGGUGCUAAGACUCCAUUCAAUUAGCUCUUUACUCAAUAUUAAAAUAGUGAAUACGUAGUUUACAACUCAGCUCAAGUUAGAAUAAGAUAUUUAAUUGAAAUAAGAGAUUGA